CGCUCCGCUCCGCGCCCACCGCGCCGGGGCCGCCGCGCUGCCCGGCUCCGCUGCGGGCCGGGGGCACCAGGGCCCGGCCCGGCACGGCACAGCCCGCCUCGGCGCGGCAGGGCUCGGCGCGGCCCGGCGGGACGGCGGCUGCGAUCCGCCGCGGCCGGCGAUGGGAGAUGGAGGGAGCCGGCGGUGCGGCAGAAGCACUUGUGCUGGAUAAUGACAUAUCAGCUCAUGCCCAGAAUGUUGCCAAGGCCAAAUAUGAAUUUUUAUUUGGCUUGGAAGAAGAGAAGCCUUCAGGAAUGGGUAGUGGCCGUGGAAGCAGCAGUUUGCCUCCUCACACCACCAUCAAUGAAUUUCCAGAGUACGGCAGUGUGGAGUCAAGCAGGCAGGCGGCGGGGGCUCCGCCGGCGUGCCAGGCCGCGCCCGUAACGCGCAGUCCCGAAGGACGGGACGGCCACCGCCGCGCCAGGCCUGUGCCUCAGCGCGCGGCCCCUGCCGGCAAUCCGGGGCCUGAUGCAGGCGCCGUGCCGCGCCACGCCCCAGAAGAGGGCUUGCAACCUGCAGGUAAUCUGCCAGAGAUUAUGAAGAUCUCUGGGCGACUAGAAGCAACAAAGGUGCAAGAAAGGGCAAAUACUUCUCUCGAUUCAGAGACGCAAAUGGAAAAAAAGAGUGUUAUUGGCAGCCAAAAUGUGCAGGCAGCCAGAGAUCCAGUUCCAGCAGGCCAAGAAAAACUCUCAGACACACUUCUUCCAUCUGAACGAACAGCUGAGGAAAAAAAGCAUUUGAUCAUGGAGAAGGAUCUGGCUUCAAUAUGGGCUGAAGAAAAGCAGUCCAAAUCCUCACAAGUUAUAAGUAAUAAAGCAGAGGAGGUCCACACAUCUCAGGAACCAAGCUGUCACAAACCAUCUGUGACAAACCUGGAAGCAGUCAGCAGAGUGGAGAGGGGGACAGGUUCUGAGGAGUUUUCAGAGUACAGUCAAGGCAAAAUGCAAACAGGCCCUGAGAGAAGGCUUGCUAAAGAGGCAGCUGUGAGUAAACAUGUAGAAUUUCAAGGUGUGGAGAUCUUAUGGCUGCAAAAAGCUGAGGAGCAGAAAAGAAAGAAGCACUCACUGCUGGACUCUGUAUCUGUGGAGAGGAAGGCAUUCCCCAAAACAUCCAGCCACCCUGUGUCAGCAAUGGUCUCCCCAGCCUUGGUUUCUUUGCCAGACAGUGCGUGGAGUGAGGUCUGUGAAGACCCAAGGCUGGGACCUGCUGCCUCUGGAGCCACUCCUCUAGCACUGCUCAAUGAAAACGGGAAGGAUGAAGUUUCUGUGAAGGACAGGAAGAACUGUGGUGAGGAGGAGAUGGCUGUGCUUGCAAGAGGCCAGGACAGGAUGGUGGAGGAGGGGGAAGCAGCCACAGGACGAUAUGAAGAUUUCCUUGGGCAGAGGCACUCUGACGUCUCCACUGAUCUGUACAGCUCACAGUUUGAAAACAUCCUAGACAAUGCAUCUUUGUACUACAGUGCAGAAUCGCUGGAGACAUUGUACUCGGAGCCUGAUAGCUACUUCAGCUUUGAGAUGCCACUCACUCCCAUGAUCCAGCAGCGCAUGAAGGAGGGUGGACAGUUCUUAGACAGGACAUCAGCCUUGGGGCAGACAGAUGUGCCCGACAGGGAAGUGAAGGGAUGUGGUGAAGGCAUCGCCAAUGGCUUAAGGGAUACAAGUGAAACACUCUUCAAAGGAGAUGUCACAGAAGUCCCUCGUCUGGAAAGCAAUGUUGAGCUACAAAAUAUGGUGUUAGACCCCAGUGCAGCCAUGGGGAGCAAUGAACUUCAGGAGAAAGAUGCCACCGGAGCCCCUGGCCAUGAUCUCAGCAAUGGCAGCAGCAGCAAUUUGGAAGCAGCCAGGCGCCUGGCUAAGCGCCUCUACCAUCUGGACAGAUUCAAACGCUCUGAUGUGGCAAAACACUUGGGUAAAAACAAUGAAUUCAGCAAGCUCGUGGCCGAAGAGUAUCUUAAAUUUUUUGACUUCACAGGCAUGACGCUGGACUGUUCACUCAGGAGUUUCUUUAAGGCCUUUUCACUUAUUGGAGAAACUCAGGAACGAGAGAGAGUUUUAAUCCACUUCUCCAGCAGAUACUACCAGUGCAACCCAAAUGCCAUUUCUUCUCAAGAUGGAGUUCACUGUCUCACGUGUGCCAUGAUGCUGCUGAACACAGACCUGCAUGGCCAUAACAUUGGGAAAAAGAUGACCUGCCAAGAGUUUGUUGCUAACCUCCAGGGAAUGAACGAUGGCAAGGACUUCCCGAGAGGGCUCUUGAAGGCCCUCUACAAUUCAAUCAAGAAUGAGAAGUUGGAAUGGGCAGUGGAUGAAGAAGAGAAAAAAAAAUCUCACUCGGAUGGUACAGAUGAAAAGGACAAUGGGAACCAGACAAAGGCUGUCAGUCGAAUUGGCAAUUCAAAUAACCCAUUCCUGGACAUUCCUCAUGACCCCAAUGCUGCCGUGUACAAAACUGGAUUUCUGGCUCGGAAAAUCCAUGCAGAUAUGGAUGGAAAGAAGACUCCCCGGGGAAAACGAGGCUGGAAAACCUUUUAUGCUGUGCUGAAGGGAACUGUCCUGUACUUGCAGAAGGAUGAAUAUAAGCCAGAAAAGGCUUUGUCAGAGGAAGAUCUGAAGAAUGCAGUUAGUGUGCACCAUGCACUGGCAUCCAAGGCAACAGACUAUGAGAAGAAACCCAAUGUCCUCAAGCUUAAAACAGCAGAUUGGAGAGUCCUGCUUUUCCAAGCCCAGAGCCAAGAAGAAAUGCAGACCUGGAUCAACAAGAUUAACUGUGUGGCUGCUGUCUUCUCUGCACCACCAUUUCCAGCAGCCAUUGGCUCUCAGAAGAAGUUCAGUCGCCCACUCCUGCCAGCCACCACAACAAAGCUAUCUCAGGAUGAACAACUGAAGUCCCAUGAAGCUAAGCUGAAGCAGAUCUCCACUGAGCUUGCUGAACAUCGCUCCUAUCCUCCUGACAAGAAGCUCAAAGGCAAGGAAGUAGAUGAUUACAAACUGAAGGACCACUACCUGGAGUUUGAGAAAAAUCGCUAUGAGAUUUAUGUUGGCCUGCUGAAAGAAGGGGUGAAGGAGCUGCUGAGUGGAGGAGAGAACGAUGCGCCAGGACUGAAGAAGUCCCACUCAAGUCCUUCUUUGAAUCAGGAGUCUCCAGUUAGUGCCAAGGUGAAACGCAAUGUCUCAGAGAGGAAGGACUACAGGCCAGAAACACCCAGCAUUAAGCAGAAGGUCACUUAGGGUGGAAAUGACAACUAGGGGAACAGCCAUGCAGCAAAGUAUCGGUGGUCAAAAUUUUUUCAUUUAAUAACCUGUCAUUCACAAAAAAUAAGUGCAUCUGCCUGAAUGGGGUGUUAGUGACAUUUUCUAUUGUAUAUUUUGCUGUUUCUGUGCAGAUUGUGGGAGAUGUCUUUGCUCCUGCUUUGCUUUGCUUUGUUAAUUUAUCAUUUAGCAGUUGAAGCAUCGGGACUUUUUUGUGUUGUUCUGUUUCUAAAGGAGCUGGGGAAGGGGUAGAGCGCUGUGACGUUUAUUCUGUCUCCUCCCCAUUUAUCUCCUCCCAUCGGCAUGUGGCUUUCAUCUCUCAAGUCACUUGUCACUUUAUUUACAUGGUGGGUGGGAAAAAUAACUGGACAAGUGCUGCAGUGCUGUGAAUAUGAGCUGUAGCUGUGAGAACUGUGCAAACAUGCAGCUGCAGAAGGCUGACUAGAGGUUAGGGUGCUAGGAACAUUAGUUUCCUGACAACGUGGGGCAUGUUGGUACUGGUACUUAGCAGCAGGUGGUACAGUAAAUAGUCACUGUUGCUUUUUGUUACUGCAUUGACCCUGGACACGGGAGUGCAAAGAAAUGAAACCUGGAAACCUCUGGCAAUGCUGGGAUGACGGCAUUGGAAUAAUUUGUUUGCUUCCUUCCAAGCAGAGAGCCUUCUCCUGAGUUUGCAGGCUGGAAGGCAUCCAAACCCAUGCUGUUUCUGCAGUCAGGAAGAUUUGCAAUUACCCAGUUGGAAUGGCUAUCUGGGCUUCACAUUUAUUUGCAGAGAAGGCUGCUGUAGAUGUCAGCCAUUAGCAUUAUAUAUUAAUUAUAUAUAUUAAAGACAAAGGGCCUCUGUGUAGUUUUUAACUAUACGCUCUCACUUAGCUGCUAUAUAGAGCCUUAUGAUAUAUUGUGUCCUGUUGCUUCCCCUUCCAGGGGUUUCCUUGUUGGUGUGCGCAGAGAGCUGCUUUCAAUUCCUCAUAGUGACAAAGCACUUUGCCUUUUUUAUUCAGAAAGGGAUUCUCCUCAGUUCUCCAUUUUCCUUCUUUAGCUCACAUACAGGUGGAAGAGGCUCGUGCCUCCUCACAGUUCCUGCAUACCCUGUGCCAGGCUUUCCAAGGGGAGCACAGGAUGGGAGAGACCACCAUGGGUAGAUCUUUUCAUACCUGAAAGGCCCCUGUUUGUGCCAUAGAUCCUUGGGAUGGCCAGCAGUUUUCAGGCACAGAGAGCAGAAGAAAUUAUAUAGAAAUAAUUUUCCUGCUUCCCAGCCCCUCUUGCCUGGGCAGUGUCAUGGCUCUGCAAAGAGUGCUGACUCUCCUGUUACCUGACCUGUUACCUGAGUUUUAAUCUCAAUUUUUAUGCUGGUGCACAGGGUGAGCUUGGACAGGUCUCUCCCAUUUUGUGUUGCCCUUUCCCUGUAUGAAGUAGUACAACCAAACUAUCAUUUCCCACAGAGUACCUUGGGAGAUAAUGUUGAGGGCCAGUUGAAAAUUGCUCCUUGCUAUUCAUUCUGUUAUGCCUGGCACAGGACAGCUUUCCUGAUGAAUGCAGUUCUUAAUGCAUAUAGAAAUGUCAAGAUCAAUGCAAGGACUGUUUAGAAAUGCAGUGGUGUUUUCAGCCCUAAUAGUCAAAGAGCCACACAUCAAAAAAAUUGCUACCUGAGUGGAUGUGUGUUCUGUCAGGCUUUCCAACGGUCCAAGUCAAUUCAUCUAGUUUAUUGAGCUGCCAGUCCAGUGGGCAGAACUGGGAGUGAUCAAAGAGAAAACAGGCACUGCAUGACUUGCCUCCCCUACCAAGUACCACCAUGCAACAGCUUUCCUGGUGUUGUGCUGACUGUUGGCUGUAACAACGUAGUUGCACGCAGAUGUGAGGUUUUGGGGCAAAUUGAUCCUUGCAGCUGGAGCUUGACAGCAAAACCAGAUGAGACUGUUCUCACAAGUGAUGUUGGGAUGCUUAUCCAUCUGGCAUCUGCCUCUGAGUGGCUGCUCUGUGCUAAAAGUCAGGAGGGUGGCUCCUAACCUUGGCAACGUUGCUAAAAGCUGUAGAGUCCUGACUAGAAAUUGGCAAUGUUUCCUAGGUGCUGGGGCUUUAGAAUUUGUACAUUUCUACUAAGGUAAAAUUAACAUUUAGUUCUCUUCUUGAAGAGAAAUAUGUUCUGCUGCUGGAGUUAAAGUGAUGUGGUGCAGCUUAUUGCUUGGGAGGACUCACUGUAGAGAGCAUGAUAGUGCUUAUUGGGAGGGAUUGUUUGGCAUAAUUAAAAGUGGUAGAUCAACAGUUUGUGGAGGGGAAACAAAUAUAGAUCUCUGCAGCUGUUUGUCAGGCUUUAGAGGUUGAAAACGAGCAAGCAGAACAGAGAGAAGAAAUUCAGUUGGGGAAUGCUGAAUGCAUAUUUGGGAAGAAAACUUGACCUCUCUGUUAUGAUUAAGGAGUGGCAUUCCUCAAUUGAGUGUUCCCACUGAGACUCUCCAAACUUUGUGAUCCUUGCUCACUCCCUUCUUACCCUCCCCAUCCUUGCAGUGGACUGGAGAGAAGAAUUGGAGGCAUAAAAGGCAAAGAUCAUAAUUUGAGAUAACAACAGUUUACUGGAAACGGUAAUGAGAUCAGAAAAUGAGUGGUAAAAAACAACAGUAUUUAUAACAGAAUGUUCAAGAAUGCUCACCACGCAGAACCCAACAAUACCCAAACACAUUUCCCAAUACCCCGACCCAGAAUGGACAUCUUACCCUGUUCCUGGAAAAUGACAUGAGGUUGUAUAGAAUAACCUUCAAGUGCAAUGUCCCUGCCUGGCUACUGCAAAAAUUAAUCCCAUCCUGGCCAGCAGAACCAGUACAUUAUUUUAUAUAACAAUACGAUACAUGCAGCAGAUACAAAACCCAAAAGAAGUGCAGAUCUGUAAAUGCCCUGCUUGUCAGCGUUGGGUUGACUACAUGAUCUUUUUGAAGGCUAGAACAAGCUUGGCAAACCUCUCGUGUUUAUGGGGUGCAGUGCUUCAAAAGGCAAGUAGGUGACAUUUAACUUUCUUCUUCUCUGGAUUUUAACAUAUUUUGGUUGCUAAAAAUUCCAGUUAAAUUGCUGAGCUCAAAAAGAAAUUACUCCUGUUAAAUGUAUUUUCCAGCUUUGACACAGAAACUGGGUAAUUCCUCUUCAAAGUCAUUGCAGAAAAGAUGAUUUGAAGCAAUAGGAAAAAUCAAAAAGUGAACUGCAAAAAGAUGUUUCUUUCAUUAUUUAUUAUCUAUUUCCAUGUAUACUUGUAAACGGAUUAGGAUAUUUUUUUAGAUCUCAUCUGGGCAUAUCAAAUGCAGUUUUUCACUGCAUUUUUUAGUCAUUAAAUGUUUGUCGAGCUUAGAGCAGCCUUGCUGAGGCUGCUGAGGCAUGCAGAUUAGUUUACCCAGAAUGUAUGGUUUCUGCUGCAGUUUUAAUUGGUGCCAUUUUCUGCUGUUACUUUAUAAUUUAUAAGCAUCCCAGGCACCCGUGUAGAAAUGCAUGCUUUUGAGACCAAGAAAAAGAUGUGAUUCCAUUGUGGAAGUCUAAGACUUCUGCCCUCCUUUGGGAAUAGGUUCAUCCACCAGUCAGUACUGUAAUUUGUUUAUUUCCCUCCUGGUGAUACUGUAAAGGGUGGGGCAGGUUCUCAGGCAGUCUUAAGUGGUGCAUCUCUUUGAGUGGCUUUGCAUGGUAUCCUGUGCCCUGCGUUUCUUUGCUGAAAUGUCUUCUUUAGGGGACUGCAGCGACUCAGGAGCUCUGGUCACAGUAUGUAAAGAUAUUCUGCUGUUUUCAAGCCUUCCUCUGGGUUUUGAGCUGCAAAUCACUGGAGCAGCCUGCAGUUUUCUGGGUGUGCUCAGUGUAAGCAGGAGUUACUGGCUGGCCGCCACGAGCAUGUGUGCAUCCGGGAGAUCCUUUGCAUUGGUGACGCAGGGAGGUGUCAUCCUUCCUUGUCACCCUUCCUGCUCCAGUGUGCUAUCAUUGCUCAAGCAAAGCCUCUGCCUGCAUGUAGAGAGUGGGGAUGCAAAGAGGAGAGCAGGCUGGGGCCAACACUUCCUUGCUUCCCCUUUCUUAAGGCGCAGACAGUGGUUCUGGAGGGACCCACCCUGCUUUGAAGUGUUGCUGGCUUACUCGUCCUCUAGGAGUUGGACCCUCUGCUGUCCCCAGCUAAGGAAGGAGAGACAGGAAAGGCCCCCACUAGUCUGCACCUGACAGCAGAGAGCUGAUGGAGAAGGGGAAGAUUGCCUUUUCCUCUCCCAACCCAGCAACCAAAGUGGGUGAGAUGCUCUUCUGAAGCCAAAACCACACUCUCCUCUAUGAGUCAGCAGGAUGCAGAGGACUGCUUGGGAUGGUUUUUGUUCAUCAGCAGCUGUGAGAGAGACUCCCUGGACUGUCUGUGUGUUUGUCUGCAUCUUGCAGAUAAAUUACACAUGAACCAGUGAACAUGACUGCAGCUUCUAAAUCCAGUACUUAUGUUGUGUCUUUAAUUGAUGUAGAGAGGUAAGUCAGCCAGCAGAGUGAUUAAUGCAGCAGAGUUGUGCUGGAACGCUGUUCAGCUGUGUUGCCGACUCAGAGUUUUUCAUUGUGGCCAGUCACUUGUAAAUGGUUACCAGAAACUUUCUAAUGAUCUAUAACAGCUCGUUGCUAAAAAUACUUUCCCUCUGAUCCUGCCUGCUCCAGGUUGCAGUCUGUCCACGUUAUAAGAGGCUGUCCUGGAGAGCCCUCUGCGUAGCCCUGCUUUGAGGAGGAGUUUGGCCUUGCAGACCUCUAGGGACUGGAAUUAUUCAGUGACUUUUUACAGCUCCACUGCCUUUGGAUAAGAAGACUGAUUGCUCUUCUGACUUGAAAAAGCCAAAAGUUUUGCCUUUUUCCAGUGGGGAAAUGAGCUUCUUGCUUCACUAGAGCAGGCCAUUCAGUGAAGAUGUGUUUAUGGCAGUGGAGGAAGUCAGAGAUGACAGGGUUAUCAUCAGGCUUCUUGGAGGCAUUGCAUGGCAGUGUUCUCCUUGAAAGUGGGAAAGGCUUUUCUCUGCAGAUGGCAUACUGCUUACUGUGUCUGCAUUCUCCAUUUCUAAAUUAAUUUUGGUCUUAUUGCGGUUAGUCUGACAGCUCCUCCUCCUUUUCUGACAAGCUGCUCUUGUCUGUCAUCUUAGCACCUCAGCUGCUUCUGUAUAACAGGUCUGUUUCCUUCCGUGCUUGCAGAAAUCCAGAAAAUUUGACUCUCCCAUCUUGUAUUGAGAAAACUUGCUCUGAAGCAAUGCUGCAUUGAAUGGAUAACCCUGUGAACAGAUUUUUCACUCUGCUUGUCAGUAGCCUGUGUUUCCAGCCACAGUUAUAGCUGGGAGGUGCGAGACCAAGUUUUAGACUGCCGUGAUCCUCUAGCUGUGUGCUGCAGGGAUGCAAAGUCCCUCCUCCCACACUGAGACCAGACACUUGCAACAUUCCCACUCUUCUGGUAUCCUAGUUGUUGGAAACACUAGCUGCUUCUGCAGGGUCAAAAGCAGUAUAUGCAUCUUAUGUCAAGCAAUCUUGCAGCUUGCUGCUUGUUUAAAUUUUCUCCAGUAUUGCUCUCCCUAGGCUCUGAGAUGUCACAUCUGCUCUGAGGGGGCAGUUAAGAAGUCCACAUUUCUCAUCAGAGCACAAUCAUUGCUCCUCAGCAUGUGUUCUCAGCAUCUGGUAUCUAGGCUGCCUAGAGGGAUGAGCCAUAGAAGCUGUCUCAGAAAGAGCUAGUCUGCAGCUUGUGCUUUUUAAAGGAUAUUUUUAGUGCAUAUGAAAGCAGUAUGUCUGGCCUCUCCUCUCUCCCAGAGCUCUCCCAGCAGCAUAGGUGUAGCAUAGUGAGCUGCUUCACAUGGAGCUUCACUAUGGAGACCUGAGCUCCAGGAAAGAAGCUUUGUCAGCCUUUAGAGAAAUGAUACCACCUGAACUGAGCACCAGUGCACAGGAAAAUGAUGCUGUAGGAAGAAGCCAGUGCCACUGUCCAUGGCUGGUCACCUGCUGGGAGACUGUGAGCUCUAGUAUUGCCUUCAGUUCUGAGGAUAAUGAGAAACUCUGGCUUCCUUUUCCCUCUAGUCUGUGCUGCUUGAGGAACUGUCCUUACCACCCACUGCUUUUCUCCCUUGUGACAGCAGCACCCUUAUCCAGGGUUACCACAGUCCCUUUGUGAGGAGACUGGUUGACAUGAGAGCAAGAAGGACAGGUCCUUGGGAAGAGUCUGAAUGCCAUCUGCCAUAUCUGCUCUGCUGAUGGCAACAUCCAGUUGAACACUGAGACGAGGCAGGCCCAGCCUUGUCCAAGAGAAUGUCCCUUGCUGAUAUAUUUACUUAGCUGCAUUAAGGUUGCGUUUUAGUUAUUUAUUAGAGCCUGUCUCUUACCAAAUGCAAGCAAGAACUUUCCCAGAGGUUUGGACCAUUGACCUGACUUUGCCCUUAUGGUCAGAAGGAGCAAAUUUAGUCUAGUCCAAAGUGUUCUCUCUUCCUCACCUUUGAACGCUUAAUUAUUCCAUAAAAAUUAUAGAUGUUUAAUCAAUGAGGGACCUCCCAUGGCAUCUGCUUUUAAAUCUGAGCCAGGAACCAGCUGGGGUACAGGCCAGAGGUUUAUUUGGACCAAUAAAGGUACAUCACUUAGUGAUGCAAGCAUUGAAAGUGCAACAAGCCACAAGGGCAGAAUUUUUCUCUGACAUAAGCAACUGUAAUUAGUAGCCACUCUAGCAGUGGUCCUGUCUGUAACUUGCCUAAAUGAGACUAGGACAAGAAGAUAUAUUUUUUCUAAAUAGGUGAGGUUUCAGCUUGAGCCAAUUGAGUAGUAUCAUAGUGUAGUGACGAAGCAGCUAGCAAAGCUGCCAUGGAGACUUGUUUGACACAAAAUCCUCCAACUCACCUUAGCCUCUCGCUGGGAAGAGGGAGAUAAAUAAAUGCUAUUGAGUCUGUGUCACCACACAGGGCAGACUCUACUGGUAAUAUAAGUCUUAACUCAAACACUUAUGAAAAUCUCAUGCUCAGAGCUGUCAGAUUCUGAAAGACUGUAGGAUGAGAACAGGGGUGGGUUGUGGUUGGGUUUUUUUAAAAUUUGUACAUAUUCAUGGCAACUGUGUCCUCUUACUUGAGUCUAGAAUUUUAAUUUGGCUAAAAGGACAGAGUUUUUUGGCUGUUUAACAACUUUAAAAUCAAUUCUCUGUAGCUCAGAGGUAUACUCUGAGGCUUACAUUAUUUGGUGAACAUAUUAAGUGAUGCCUAUAGAUGUGUGUAUUUCAUAACUGUAGUAUGGCUUCUGUGGCUCAGCACUGCAAAGCCUGCUGGUUUUUUCUGAGGCUUAUUUGGUCAAAGCACUUCUGCAGCUGCAAACAUUGUUAGGAUGCUUGUUCUGAUUGUUCUCAAAUGAGGUUAAACAGCUAUCAGAGCUUUUACAGGUUUAAGGUAUACUUUGAGUUGCCUUUGAUCUUUAUGUGCUGUCCACCAGGGGCUGCCUGUUGUUCUGCAUGUUGAAAGCAAGGCAUAUAUUUGAGAGUCUAAGCAAGAGUUAGUGGGUGGAAUUUUUUGCUAGCUUAACACUGGGCUGACUUUCUCCCUGUUUAUAUCAGCCAAUGCCUGUACAAGGAGCAUCCACGCUGACUUCUGAAAAUCAUGCUCUGGGGAUCUAAUACACAGCUUUACUUCUGAAAACGUUGACCUUGCUCUGUGAAAAUUCAGCAAAGGGACAUCAUGUCCAAAGUGUCCAAGAAGGACAGGUGCCUGUGAUGUCUCCUGCAGAUACAGCCGAACCGCAGUGUUGAGGGUGUUUUUCUUUUCUGCAGCUGUACAAAUUUCCAGAAGAGUGGCUCAUCAGCAGGGCAAAGAAGAGCAGCAGGGCUGAAAUAUCUCUCUUGGGCAUCUUAUAUGCUUCCAAGAGGUUUCUCUUGGGAGCAUUAAACAACCUUUUAACAAGUUGCUGGUCUGAGGAAAAAGACAUAGGGAAAACCCAGUAGGUUUUCCUAUUGCACUCUAGUAAGGGCAACAGUAGUGUGAUCUGGAUUAUUCUUGGAAAGAGAGAGCAAAACCUGAGGGUGUGAUUCCUACCUGGAGUCAUAAAACUCUUUAUUGUGCAGUUAGGCUGAAGCACUUGAGCAACUUCAGUGAAACUAUGCCUUUGCGCUUCACUGGACCACAGCCAGAGCGAUUGAGUCUUGCAGAACUGAGACGCAAGUGAACUGCAGCUUAGAAUGAAAUGAAGGGGACCACCCGUCACCUUGCUUUGGGCAAGCUGUAGUCCUGUAAUCUUUUUUCAGGUACUGGGUGUCUCCCUUGGGUUUCCUGCCUUCCAUGGUGAUGGAAAGAUUUGUGUGAGUAUUGUCCAUUUCAGAGUUAAAAAGUCAUUUACCCUCCACUUGAGCUGUUGCUAUGUUGUUUUCCCUUAGGCUGAGAAAGAGAGCUGAAAUUUCAGUCAAUGUUGCUUGGUAGCCAUAUGGGAAGCAUAACACUCAGCAGUAGUAGUACAGAAAAACAUUUUGCACAUGCGUGUACAUACACCUUAUACAUAUCUUGUGUGCAGAACUAACCUUACAGGGCUUGACAACAGUCCUUGCAAGACCUUUUGUUGGGUGGUCUCCUAUCGCUUUUGUGAUGUGUAGGAACCUUCUUUCUGGUAACCUUGAAUUCAGUUUACUCUCAUCACUGAACUGCUGCAGUGUUUUUCAUGUAAUACACUUAAGACACAGUUCCAGUCUCACCGCUUUGUGGUUCUACUGUGAAGCAACAACAUUGAGGUAGCCAUUAAAUCUUUUCCAGCAGCAUGGAACUUGCUGUUCUGACUCUUGAGGAAGUCAUCAUCUCAUGUUUGAUGCUGUCCUACCACCAGGACACUCUGUUUUGUCCCUGGGAAUAGGCAUGGCCAGAAAAGCAUACUGGGUGGUUGGAGUCAGAGCUGUGCAGACUUAAGUCAAGCCCUGGGUCAGGGGAGAUUUUUCCAUGUGCUGCUGAUGUCCAUAAGGACUGAAACAUAUACUUGCUUACACAGAGAUGCUUUCCUGAAGCAGAGUUGUCACUCUUUUCUACAGGUAUCACAGGAUGCCCUCCCUUAUUCUGCUUCAUGUAUCUGGUACUAGAAUGAUAAUUUCCUGAUAAAUGAAGGCACUUAAUCAGUCCUCUUCCCCUUGGAAGAAGGACUUUUGGGGAUAUUGUUAUAUCAUUUAAAAUAAUAUUUUGGAAUUUAAGUUUACAUUGCUUUAUUUUUCACUUGAGGUGACUGUAUAUAAAUAUUUUCCUCUAUUUUAUCAUUGCUGAUAAAGUAAGCCUACAGUAUACAGACAAAUAAUUUGCCUUUGAUGUAUUGAAACUGUGAGAUAUAAAGUAGACUUCUCUCUUGUGUCCAUGUUCCUGACUAUAACUCUGUUCCUCUGUGUUUUUAUAAGUUGGAAUAAAUGUUGCUUACGGGCAACAAAGAGCCUGCAAGCUUUCCAAUAAUUUUUAUGUCAUUGAACUCAAGCAACCCUAUUGAAGGAUCUCACAUAUGUAUAAUGAUAUAUGUAUAUGUACAAACUUUAGAAAAAAAUAAACCAAAUGUAUUUCACGUUCUGCA